UGAUCAUUGGAUCUCAUUAAUUCUUCGUUUAAUAUCCUAAAAUAAGUUCAAUAAAGGGAUGGACCGAGUGGAUAUAACACAAACAUCAUGGCGGUGGGCCCCACAGAGCUUUGGGUUACAGGAGAUCUGUGUCAUCCCGGUUUACAGGAAAGUUAUGUGCCGUUUCUACUAAAUAUCGAAUCGCAUCUGAAAUAGACAAUGCAGAACCUUUCUCCCAUUCCUCUUUCCCACCACUAACCUUAUUUCUUUUGAUUUUCCCGACCGUUGAUCUUUCUCUCUAUCCCUUCUUCUCAUGCAAAUCUCUAGUAGGAAGAAUUGAGGAAGAUCCAUUUCAUCUGUAUUGCUCACUGCUGAUCUCUCUCUGCCUUCUUCUCGUGCAAAAUCUCUAAUAAUAAGAAGAAUAGAGGGAGAAGAAGAAGUAGUUUGAUGGCGAAGCGCCCUGCCACAGAGAUAGCUGAAGAGGGACAUCCUUACGAUUUCCAUGUCUCCGGUCCCCGCAAUCUUUCGUUGCCGAAUUGGAGAGAUAUAAUCAGUUCUAGCUGGAAGGACAACAACUACAAAAGAACAGUAAUAGCCUGCUUCAUACAAGCAGUAUACUUGCUUGAACUUGAUAGGCAGGAGAAGAGAACAGAAGAAAAUGGUCUAGCUCCAAAAUGGUGGAAGCCCUUCAAGUACAAGUUGGUCCAGACAUUAGUAGAUGAAAGAGAUGGCUCUAUAUUUGGAGCGAUUAUAGAAUGGGAUCGAUUUGCAGCACUAGCUGACUUCAUAGUGAUGCCACCCAGCGGUGCUCCACGGGCUAUUCUAGCACUCAGGGGAACCUUACUGAAGAGCACAACAAUCAGGAGGGAUUUGGAAGACGAUCUUCGGUUUUUGGCAUGGGAAAGCUUGAAGGGGUCUGUUAGAUUCAAGGUAGCUUUGGAAGCUCUAAAUUCAGUGGUUGAUAGAUAUGGGAGCUGCAACGUAUGUAUUGCGGGCCAUUCAUUAGGAGCUGGUUUUGCUCUCCAAGUGGGUAAAGCAUUAGCCAAACAAGGAGUCUUUGUCGAGUCUCAUCUAUUCAAUCCACCUUCUAUUUCACUAGCUAUGAGUUUGAGAAACAUUGGAGAGAAAGCUGGGUUUGUAUGGAAGAGAAUCAAAGCAAUGUUUCCUUCAAGAAUUGAGGCUCAAUCCAAUUGUGCAGAAGAGAAUCCUGCAGGAGAAGGCAAGGUAUGUGUAGAAAUUAAGAAGUGGGUUCCACAUCUAUACGUUAACAACAGUGACUACAUCUGUUGUUACUACACAGAUCCGGUCGGAACCACUGAAAACCAUGCCAGUACUAGUGACAUUGUUGAAAAGCCAAAGAUGGAAACUCCAGGAAAUGUUUCAGCUAAGCUGUUUGUGAUGUCCAAGGGCCCACAGAAGUUUCUUGAGGCUCAUGGGUUGCAGCAAUGGUGGUCUGAUGACAUGGAACUCCAACUAGCUAUCCAUAACAGCAAACUCAUCAACAGGCAGCUAAAAUCCUUAUAUACCCUCCCUCAGCAACCUCAUGGAAAGCCAAAUUGAGAAAUUUUUUUUGAUUCUUAUUUUCUGUUUGUUGUGUUGCUCUUCUUGAGUACAAUUUUUUAAUCCCAUAAACUGUACUUAUGAUUGGGAAGUGAGUUCUUCGUUGUAAGUGUGGACAUUUACUAAUAAAAAUUCUCAAACAAGGGCAGUUUUCGAUUCU